AAACAUCGAGGAAAGGAGUAGUUUCAGGCUGCACACAUGUACACAGCAUCAAAUUAAACGAUGACUUCUUUAAAGAGUAAAGAUUUAACGAGCGGUGACCCUCAAAAGAGUAAUUUGGACACAAACGACGAUGACAAAAACGAGUUGUGUCCUGGAUUCAAAGAUGUUGACGCCUUUGUUAAACAUGGAUUUGGUGCUGUAUUAUCAGCCACCAAAGCAUCUGCUGGCCUACCUCAAGCUGGGGAUGAGUAUGAUUUCUAUCGGAGCUUCCCGGGCUUCCAGGAGUUCUGUGAAAGUCAAGGAGAUAAGCUCCUGCACUGUAUGAGUCAGAUAAUGCAACACCACGGAUGCAGAUCUCACAUGAAAGACCGGAACAAGCUGACGGGGCUGGAGGAGAGGUUUGACUUGGUUGUGGACUCAAAUGACGUUAUCCUGGAAAGAGUGGGGAUUCUUCUUGAUGAAGCUGAUGGGGUGAACAGGAGCCAGCAGCCUGUCAUGCCUGCAGGUUUCCAGCCUCCAAAAAUUGUCGUUUCCAGCUGGAAUCGCAAGGGGUCCAAGGCCAGCAGUCGUUCUGAGACAUUUCGACUGCUUCAUGCCAAGAACAUCACAAGGCCUCAGCUGAAAUUCAAAGAGAAAGUUGACAACAGCAACACACCUUUUAUACCCAAGAUCUUCAUCAAGCCCAAUGCAGUAAAGCCACUUCCAUCUUAUUUUACCAACAAACAGAUGCGUAAAGAGAGGCCUGAGGACCUUGAUGUCCCUGCUGCCCUGGCUGACUUCAUCCACCAGCAAAGAACUCAGGAACAUGUUGAUGACAUGUUUGCACACCCAUACCAAUAUGAACUGGACCAUCAUACAAUACCUGAAAGUCUUCUGUCUAAGCCAGAGCCUCAGAUGUACAAACCAGUAGCUGAGACAAAAUUGUCAUUUAUUGAUACGCUGGAGGAUUUGGUUGCUCUGAAUGAGAAGCUCUGCAAAUUGUCUGAGUUCGCAGUGGACCUGGAGCAUCAUUCCUACAGAAGUUUCCUCGGUCUCACCUGCCUGAUGCAGAUCUCCACAAGAGAGGAGGACUUCAUUAUCGACACCUUGGAGCUCCGCAGCGAGAUGUAUAUCCUGAAUGAGGCAUUCACUGACCCCUCCAUUGUCAAGGUUUUUCACGGUGCUGAUUCUGACAUUGAGUGGCUCCAGAGGGACUUCGGCUUGUACAUUGUCAACCUCUUUGACACACAUCAGGCAAGCCGGGCUCUCAACCUGGCCAGGCAUUCCCUCGACCACUUACUGAAACAUUUCUGUAACGUGGACGCAGACAAACAUUACCAGCUGGCUGACUGGAGGAUUCGCCCCUUACCUGAUGAGAUGGUCCAGUAUGCCCGGACAGACACCCACUACCUUCUAUACAUCUACGACAGUGUGAGGGCACAGCUGCUGGACUUUAACCAUGGACAGCCAGGCUUGCUGCAGUGUGUGUGGAACAAAAGCAAAGGCAUCUCCCUCAAGAAAUAUGUGAAGCCUAUCUACACAGAGGAGUCAUAUUUGGAGCUGCAGAGGAAGCAGAAAAAGUCUUUUAAUACCCAGCAGCUCACUGCCUUCAGACUGCUGUUUGCCUGGAGGGACAAGCUGGCCAGGCAGGAAGAUGAAAGCACCGGAUUUGUCCUGCCCACUCACAUGAUGAGCAAAAUUUCUGAGGAGUUGCCCAAGGAGCCGCAGGGCAUCAUUGCCUGCUGUAACCCUGUUCCUCCCCUGGUGAGGCAGUACAUCAACGAGCUCCAUUUGUUAGUGCAGCAGGCCAGGGAAAUGCCCCUCCUUAAGGCUGAGAUUGCUGCACAGAAGAAGAAAGGACUCACGCCUGUUAAAAAGCCAGAGGUCAUGUUGUUUGGUCCUCAUGAUACAUCCAGGGCUUCUGUGAGCGAUCUCCCCCAAAUUUCCUCUGAUGAACUGCCAGUUAAACAAGGGAUGCUCUUCUCAGAGGAUGAGCACAAAAUGGACGUGGAUGUAGAGAAAGCAAGCGGUCUCGUGGCACCGGCUACAAUCACACUGUUUGAGGAGGUGGAAAUAAAGAAUGACCAAGAGUCAAGCUCAGCGGCUCAGAUGAAAGCCAAACGUAUUAUUGAGUCUUUUGAAAACCCUUUUAGGAUGUAUUUACCCUCCAGUGAUGUGCACAUCAACAAAAAUGCCAAGUUUGAUCCAUCUUCAAAAAUCUUCGAGAUAAGUAAGAGGUGGAAACUGCAGAGUAUUGAACAGCAACAGAAGGAGUUAGAGACCAAGAAGAAAGCCAAACAGGAAGCAAAGGAAAAGGCAAAGAAGCUGACCGAGGAAAGGACAAAGACUAAACAGAGUUAUCAGGAGUCUCUCAAGAACGUCGCCACCGUUCGUCAGCAAGUAGCGGAAUCUGCAAAAGGUGGUGGAAAGAAAAGAGAGAGGGUCGCCAGUGAGCCUGGAGACACGACUCCCAAACCAAGCAAGAAGUUAAUGAAAUCUGCCGAGAAUCCCCAGAAGACAGAAGUAACUCCUCAAGACAGCUUCAAGCCCUUCGACUACAGUCAGUCAGACCUCAAAGUCUUUGCUGGUAACACAUCAAAGGAUAACACACAGUUUGAUCCAAACCGGCAAGCCCAUGAUUUUACGAAAAAGAAAACUCCUAAGGGACAAAAAAACACAGUUGGCACUGGCAGCCGAAGCAUGUCGUACUUGCCUGGAAAAUCCAACAGAGGAUUCCGGCAUAACUGGCCGAAAAGAUAGGCUGUCUUUGAUCCUAUUUUCUCUCUUGUUUUAAAAGUUUUUCACCCUGCAGAAACAGUGUUUCUCUUUUUUGUCUUUGUUGUGCAGCCAAGAAUUUAAUUGAUUUUGAAGUUAACAGUACCUUUUUCUAUCUGUGGAACAGUUCACACUGUAAAUAUGUCUUAGCACACCUCUUAAUUAAAGAUUUUUUAGAGGUAAA